UUUGUUCGCCGGGUUCUUUGAGCGCCACUUUCCUCUGGAUUCAAAUGAAAGGGCCUCACUUCCUUAGUAAGAGUUAGGGUUUUGGAGUUCGGGAAACGUAGUCUCCGCGGGAAAUAAGAGAGGUGAUAUUGGAAAUUAUUAUUAUGGACAGGGUCAUCCCAUGAAACCUCACAGAAUCCGCAUGACCCAUAACUUACUGUUAAACUAUGGCUUAUACAGAAAAAUGGAAAUAUAUAGGCCCCAUAAAGCAACUGCUGAAGAAAUGACAAAAUACCACAGUGAUGAGUAUAUCAAAUUUCUACGGUCAAUAAGACCAGAUAACAUGUCUGAGUAUAGUAAGCAAAUGCAAAGAUUUAAUGUUGGAGAAGAUUGUCCAGUGUUUGAUGGGCUCUUUGAGUUUUGUCAGCUCUCAACUGGUGGCUCAGUUGCUGGGGCUGUCAAGUUGAACCGACAACAAACUGAUAUGGCUGUUAACUGGGCUGGAGGAUUACAUCACGCUAAGAAAUCAGAGGCAUCAGGGUUCUGUUAUGUUAAUGAUAUUGUGCUUGCCAUCCUGGAAUUACUGAAGUAUCAUCAGAGAGUCUUAUAUAUUGAUAUAGAUAUCCAUCAUGGUGAUGGUGUUGAAGAAGCUUUUUAUACAACAGAUCGUGUAAUGACUGUAUCAUUCCAUAAAUAUGGGGAGUACUUUCCUGGCACAGGAGACUUGAGGGAUAUUGGUGCUGGGAAAGGCAAAUACUAUGCUGUCAAUUUUCCAAUGAGAGAUGGUAUAGAUGAUGAGUCAUAUGGGCAGAUAUUUAAGCCUAUUAUCUCAAAAGUGAUGGAGAUGUAUCAGCCUAGUGCUGUGGUAUUACAGUGUGGAGCAGACUCAUUAUCUGGUGAUAGACUGGGGUGCUUCAACCUAACUGUUAAAGGUCAUGCUAAAUGUGUAGAAGUUGUCAAAACUUUUAACUUACCAUUACUGAUGCUUGGAGGAGGUGGAUACACAAUUCGUAAUGUGGCUCGAUGUUGGACAUAUGAGACUGCGGUUGCCCUCGACUGUGAGAUUCCUAAUGAGUUGCCAUAUAAUGAUUACUUUGAGUAUUUUGGACCAGACUUCAAACUACAUAUUAGUCCUUCAAACAUGACAAACCAGAACACUCCAGAAUAUAUGGAAAAGAUAAAACAGCGAUUAUUUGAAAAUUUGCGCAUGUUGCCUCAUGCCCCUGGUGUCCAGAUGCAAGCUAUUCCAGAAGAUGCUGUUCACGAAGACAGUGGAGAUGAAGAUGGAGAAGAUCCAGACAAGAGAAUUUCUAUUCGAGCAUCAGACAAGCGGAUAGCUUGUGAUGAAGAAUUCUCAGAUUCUGAGGAUGAAGGAGAAGGAGGUCGUAGAAAUGUGGCCGAUCAUAAGAAAGGGGCAAAGAAAGCUAGAAUUGAAGAAGACAAGAAGGAAACAGAGGACAAAAAAGCAGAUGUUAAGGAAGAAGAUAAAUCCAAGGACAAUAGUGGUGAAAAAACAGAUACCAAAGGAGCCAAGUCAGAACAGCUCAGCAACCCCUGAACUUGAAAGUCUCACCAGUUUCAGGAAACCAUAAAGAAAAGUCAGAAAAUACUGGAGGACAAAUGUUUUCAUUUUGAAGACUCCUGGCUUCAUUUUAUACUGUUUUGGCAUGGACUGUAUUUAUUUUCAAAGUGGCUUUUUUGUUUUUGUUUUUCUUGGCAAGUUUUAUUGUGAGUUUUUCUAAUUAUGAAGCAAAAUUUCUUUUCUCCACCAUGCUUUAUGUGAUAGUAUUUAAAAUUGAUGUGAGUUAUUAUGUCAAAAAAACUGAUCUAUUAAAGAAGUAAUUGGCCUUUCUGAGCUGAUUUUUCCAUCUUUUGUAAUUAUCUUUAUUAAAAAAUUGUACUUGGA